AUGGGCAAUUGCCAUGCUUUUUACACCUUCAGCAAACAUCCUUGUGCCAGGACUACUGCAGCCAAGCACCGGAAAGUGUUAAGGGUUGUGAAGACAGAUGGAAAGGUUUUGGAGUUUUCUAAACCGCUUCGCGUUGAGAAUCUCCUGGUUGAAUUUUCAGGUUCAGGUGUUAGUGUAUCCAAGGAAGCUUUCCAGUGUCUUCCUCCAAAUUAUGAAUUGAAGUUGGGGAGAAUUUACUAUCUUCUUCCUUUGCCAGGUUCUGUUACUGCUAUUAAUCCUGCAGGUGUCUCAUCCAUUGAUUGCACGGAACAGAAGAGGGCUGUCAAGAGGAUUAAGAUGGUCGUAACAAAGAGACAGCUUCAAGAUUUGUUGUCAAAGAAAGUAUCAGUUGAGGAUGUUCUAUCAGGCAUGGAGAGAAAAAGGCGUCGUCCCAUUGACUCCUCGGUAAGUUGGAAGCCUAAGCUUGAAUCUAUUCCUGAAGGGAGCCAGUGA